CGAGAACAGACAGAGCGAGUUCUCGGAGCCGUCGGUUGAUUGGCUCGUGGAAAGUGGGGGCGUGGUCUCGGGCUUUAACUUGUGGCGCCCGCUCCGAAGCCCAAGAUCAGUUUGGAACGCGGCGCCUGGCUGAACUGUCCCGUGUCCCCCGGACCUUCUAGGAACUCACCUCCAUCCCCAUGGCUUCGCAAGGCGUGGACCCGAGAGGGCUGGGAGAUGAUGAGCUACACUGCCUCCUCAGAGAGCUGGAUGAAGUGAUUGAAGACUUUGAUAAUGGCAGCAGCAGCAGCUGUCACUAUGAGGAACAUCUGGAGGAGCUCAAGCAAAGGAAUGGCCUUGGCCUUGGCGUCUAUGACAGUGGCAUCGAUGAAGCUGAGAGUACCAACCCAUCUCCAGGGAGCAGCUUAAACACCAGCGAGGAAAACAUUCACAUGCCAGCAACUUCUUCCGUUCCCAAAGCUAAGCUUGGAGACACGAAGGACCUGGAGGAUUACAUCGCUGACCUCGACAAAGAGCUGGAGGAAAUGUGAGCCACAGCCCUUGGGCACCUGGUGGAGGCCCCCAAGGAGUACUGCUGUAGCCGUGCCUGCCUGUGUAUACGCCCCAUGGUUCUCUCUUUGUGGCCUUCCUCAGAAGGCCGGAGGCCAAAACCUCAGGGCCAAGGAUCGGACGGGGCCACUCACUGGGAAUCAUCCCCAGGACCUGUUGCUCAAUUAUGUUAUCCGAUAAUGUUGCUGUGUCUGUAGUGCGCUAGCUGUUGUUUAGCCUUUGCCGCAUUCUUGUAGCCAAUAGUGUUAAGGCUGUGUCUGUACUGCUUGGGUCAAUCUGGCUGCCCUGGAAGACAUAGCGCCAAUGUUGGGGUCUAGGAUUUCAUUCCAAGUCUAGAAGUUCCCACCAAUGAUGCAGAUCCACCAUUUACUGCAGCUUCAAGUCUUGGAGAGUCACCUGGAGUGCCGAGAGUUGGUGACUUGUCCAGGAUCCCACAAUUAGUCUGUGCCAGAGGUGGCAUUUGGAGCCUCAGUCCUCCUUGCCCUCUAUCCACUAUGCCACAUUUCUAGCUUCAGUAACUGGACCGAUAGCUUUGUAGUCCUCUUCCUUGGCUGUCUUCUCAACUGCAUUGCCUUGACCCUCCUGAAAACCAAGUGAUGUCUGGCCAAUUAGCUGGUCUGAGCAUCUGUCUCCUAGAGCACUGUAAUGCUAACUUGCUUGCUGCCAGAAGAGGGAACAUUCGCCUGGAGCUUAGCUUUCAUAGUGCCCUCUUAAGGAUGAGCAGGAAUCUCCCAGCCAUGAGCCCAAAUUGUCUUCCCUUAUUAUCUCGAUUUGGCAAAGGUCUAUGAGUUCAUCGACAUGGACCUUCCUUCUUAGUGACCCCUUAUGGACUUCGUGGCUGGGCGGCCAGAGCUAGGCAUUGCCUUCCCCCUGUAGCUAACCUGGUUCUGAGCAGCAUCUCGUGUCCUUAGCCAUGCUGGUCUUUUGACAACAAGCAUCCAGUCAGGGAUGGAGCUCGAGUUUGAUGGUUGGUAGAAGUAGCCCAAGCCUUCAGGAACCCAGAAGCAGCAUCCUGACAGAACCAGGCACCAGAAGCCUUUGCAAAAUCAGGUGCUAUUGGGCCCCAUUGCAAUUUAGAGCCCUUAAAGGCCUUGCUAUCACUUGGGGUCACAGCGUAUUUAGAAAUUGGGGUAAGUGAACAUGAAGCCCUCCCCACUCCCACUUUUUGCCCCUUUGCCCAUGGCCUAUGACUGGCCAAGAGGCUCCUGCAGCUCUAUGAUGAGAGAACAGGAAAAGAGUUUUGCAGGGAAGGCAGUAGAACUCUAACCCAACUGGAGGGAAGCGGGGUGAGGUGUUGCGCAGUGAGGGAGCCCUGUGAGAGAGAUCACAGCCUCUAACAGACAAGAUGGCCCCUCCUGAUGCCAGGUAACAGCUUCUGCCUCAGGCACACACACAAGCCACAAGGAGCCUCCCUGAUGUCCCUGAGCCAAGAGCGAGCUGUCGACCGCCAUUUCCUAAAGUCAGGCCUGCCGAUGCUUCUCACUCUCAUCCAUCCAUGCCCCUUGGGCACUAGUGUAAAUGUUGUAUGAUAUGGUGAAUAUUCCAUAUGAGUUAGCAUACACAAAAUGAAAUAAACGCUUCGUGAAGGAUGA